CUUUUUUUUUUUAAUCUUAGUAAGUUUUAAAUUUAGUGAGCAAAAAGACUAAACUGUAUACUGAUGUAUAACGGAAAAAAAAAUGUAGAAAAUAUUUCACUAACCUACUUCAGUAUUAUAUAUAGCAUUUACAUAAAUUUAAAUAUACUGUCUAAACUUAAAUUAUUCACGUUAGACUAUCAUUUUUUUAUGCAUUUAAAUUAUUUAAAUAUAAUUAAAUAUUUAGAUUAAAAUUGAAUAUUUUAUGUAAAUAUGUGAAAUUUUUUUUUUAUUUACCUUAAAAAUAAAUUCAAUAUAAAUCGUAUAUUUAUUUAUAAAUUUUCAAAAAAUAGAAUAAAGUUCUUUUUCUAUUUUCAAUUUCAAGGUUAAAUGUAUCUAUAUUUUCUCUGUAUAUUACUAUUUUUUUACGAGAAAACUGGGAACUCAUUUCUUUUUUCCACUAUUAUUUUUUCUUGCAUACGUUCCUUUUUCGACCUACAAUUCAUCGUCAAUAGCGUUCAAUGUGUAGUUCGCAUUUUUCUCGAUAAGCUUUGAAGUGUGAAGUUAAUCCGUGUGCCGAAGCAUAUCGAGGGUAACGCAACGAUAUUAUCCCCAUUUAACCUUCAAACUAAUAAGUAGGCUAUGGGAUAUGAAGUUUCGUUUAAAAACAUACCGUUUGAAAAAAAAGAAAAUAUAUGCAAAAUAAAAAAAUUAUGAUAUUUUCAUGUAUCAUAUUAAUUCAAUAAAUAAAGAAAAUUCAAAUAUUAAGAUUUAAGUUUUAUUAAAUAUAUUUAUUAUAUAUUUAUUAUAUAUUGAUCAUUUAUCAUUUUUUAUUUAUAUCCUUUUUUUUUAAAGUUUCAAAAUUAAAUUUUCAAAAUUUUGUUGCACAUAUCUCAAAUAUAUAGUCAAUAAAGUAAUAUUUAAAACAAUGGUUUUUAUAUCUUUAGAAAGAAUUUUCUAAAAUAGAUUCGAGAUCAUCAUUAAACAAAUAUUUUUGCCAUAUAUCCAGGUGCCAAUAUUAAUAAUUACAUCACUGCAGUAUGUAGCGAGUUUUAGGGCGUCGAAACGGAGAGGAAAGGACCGAACGGCGAUCGAUGCAUUGAGGCGCCAGGCCCAUGAGCUCAGCCCCGUUUCAUUUCAUCACCCUCACCCCGGUAUAGCUUGCAGCGAGGCUGCCCUCCGGGCUUUCCUCUACUGUGCAGUUGCGCAUCAACCUUUUCACAGUGUAGAUCUGUAUUCGGUCACUGGACUUUUCGUUUGGUACAAACGUUGUUUCCUUUUUGCUCAUUUUUUGUUUGUGACAUAUUAUACAAUUGUAUAUAUUUUGAAAAAAGAAUCAUGUUACCGAUUUUAUUUUUUUAUAUGGAAUUCUCGAUUUGGUAUAUUAUUUGUAGUGAUAUCAAUUAAUAGUGUCAUAAAUAUGUCGGUUAUCAUUAUCGUCAAGAUUUGCAAUUUCGACGUGCUUGAACCAUUUUUCAAGCACACGAUCCGUUAAGUAUAAAACGAUUCGGUGUCAUCGAUUCAGACUUAUUAUUGUGAUGUUCGUUUCACUGACAGACGAUUAUGGAGAUAGCUGAUGCUGGUGGUGGUUAUAAACGAUUUCGUAUAACUGCUCUAGUUCUGUAUAUAUUUCUAUUUGGAUGGACAGACCGCGUGGCAGCUGGCGAUUGCGGUCUGGCCGAAUUAACUUGCCGGGAUGGGCAUUGUGUACCGAUUGACGCGUAUUGCAAUGGACGAGAUGAUUGUGGAGAUAAUAGUGACGAGCCGGCAAUGUGUACACCUUGUAACCGUACGUAUCACGGACAUGAAGGACGUACGUACAAAUUGGAUCUUCCGAGACCUGCCGAGGAACGUCUGCCAUUCCUUUGUCAUUUAACAUUUACUGCUGCUGGUCAGGGAUACGGUGAAUUGGUACAACUUUUGUGGGAUGCUUUCAGCGUAGGCAGAAUAGAUCCGAACACUGAUAGUUUUAUCACAAAUUGCCCAGAAGGAUCGUUGCAAUUGGCAGAAUUGGGUAGACAUUUUACUGGUGGUUCUUGGUGUGGAGUGGGAGAAGGAAAAGCUUCUUACUAUAGCGAAACCAGUACCGUCACGGCAUCCAUACGACUGUUUCAUGCACCUUCUACUGUACCAUUUGAGUUUCGUUUAAGAUAUAGAUUUGUGUCACGAAAUGAAGCUGUUGCUAGAUUAGGCAAGCCCGAACUUCCAAUUGAAAGAGGUUCUCCGGUGCCUGGUACUUACUGUUCUAGGAACUUUUAUGAAUGCCACUUGAAACAAUGUAGACUGCAAAGUCCAAAUUAUCCUGGGGAAUAUCCAAGAAAUGCAAGCUGCUUGAUAACUAUAAGACAGAAAGAGGUGCCUACUUGUAAGCAUGCUAUGAUUUCAGUGAGAUCGACACCGACUGGUCCAGUUGGAAUAACCACAGCUAAUAAUACUUUAAGCGUAUGGCAAGAUUGCCCUCUGGAAAAAGAUCAUCUUAUUUUUCGUGAUGGUGUCAGACCGGAAGAUGCGAUUUUAUUAGUUUAUUGCGGAGGACCUUUACCAAGGAUCACUGCCAGAGGUCCAACAAUGCAAGUGGAAUUUCGAAGUUCCCCAAUAGCCAUUCCUCUUGGUGCUUCUGCUUUGAGACUUGAACUAGAAAUUCAAGUGAUUUAUGUUGACUCUGAUGGGCUUGAUUAUGCGAAAGGCCCACAGGGUUGUCAUUUUUUUGUAAAUGGUACUAACAAAAGAAGCGGUAUAUUAAGAGCGCCACUUCAUGCACUGCCACCAAAUUCUAGUUGUACCUGGAAUAUUAAAGGAUCUGUCGGAGACAGAGUAUGGAUUUAUUUUUCUUCAUACUCGCAACGAGACUUAACAGGUAGUGUCGAGAACAAUGCCAGUUCUCAAUCUGACGUAUCUUGUGCUAUAAAAUUAAUAUUCUGGGAUGGUACUUCAACUACUGGACUUCCAAUGGCUACUCUUUGCGACGACACGCCUAAGCUGUGCGCACACGCAGCUUUGAGAAAUGUCACUAGAAGUACGAGACCAUGUACACAAGAUGAAAGUUAUAUCACAGUUGCACCAUCUUUAACGUUACGUAUGGAAACAUUAUUGGGUACUGCACUUCAUACGAUUAACUUUAAUGCACAAUACGAAUUUAUCUCUACCAUUCAAGUUGGUGAACCCUGGGGAGAUGGAGUUUGUAGUAGAGUUUGGCGAAAAGUUCGAAGCGGUGAUGUGAUAUCCCCCCGUGACGUUCGUCUCUUUGGAAGGGGAGGAUCUUCAAAAUUAGAUUGCAGAUAUCGUAUAGAAGCUGGUGCUGAUGAAAGAGUGCGAUUGACUUUGCACAAUGUCAGUUUAGGCGAAUCCACCACUUGUACAAGUGAACCAGAUCCUCAUACUGGCCGACCACGUUGUGUUCAGGAAAUGGGUUCUAGAGAAGCUCGUUUAGUUUUAUAUGAAGCCCCAUGGCGAGAUGUAAAGCUUCCAAGAGCUUGUUUAUGUGAUAAUACAUCGCAUCUUCCAUUGACGCACAUUUCUUCAAGCAGAGCUUUGGAGAUCACGUUUUUGAUUGAUCAACAAGCUCCGCACGAAGACUUCGAAACUCUGUUUUUUUACGCCAGCUUCGAACUUGUCCGAUCACCCGAAUGUCCGAGAAAACAAAGGGUACGCGGAGAAGGCGGUGAAUUACGAUUCGUGACUCCACCAUUAUCGAGACCAGAUAUUUAUUGCGAUGGAUUACCAUGGUUGGUAGAAGCGCGCGAAAAUAGAUCCCUCUUCGUUUUAACUUGGGGCUGGUUUCUUCCUCUCGAACCAUCACCGGUAUCGGAAAUGAGUGAACAAACCAAAUGCCCGACCACCAAUAGAAUUCUUCUUUAUUCUGGUUGGCCACCGAAACUUUUAAAAGUAGUGUGUCCUGCAGAACCAGGCGCAAGAGAGUUUACAGUUCAUGUUUUCUCCGAGGAAUGGUUAGGAGGUACUGGGGAAGGUAAAUGGCCAGGUCCGCCACGACCUCCUGCUUUUUUGCUCGACUUCGUUGCAAGAGAAUCUGGUCAGGCUGCAGCCUCCUGGCUCGAAAUUUCAAAAAGUAGAGCUGCACUGCGUAGACAGUUACGAUUACCUGAAAGAGGAAUAGAAAACGAGACGUCAACUCACGGUGACUGCCCUCAUAAAUGUCCUGAAUUAAGCGCUUGCAUCGCGGCAAGCCUUUGGUGUGAUGGAAGACCUCAUUGUCCAUCUGGACAUGACGAAGCGAAUUGUGGUAAUGGUGCGAAAUUGCUUGGACUACUCCCUUCAGAAAUGUGGCUCGUAUUAGCCGGUGUCGCUGGAAUUAUCGCUGCCUUUGCGUGCUUCUUUAUUAUACUGAUUAGCAGGUCAAGAGCACGUACAAAAAGACUUCAUUAUAAGGGUACAAAAAAAAGCAAUAGACCGAGACGAGCCCCAACAGAGGAAACUUUACUUGGAGCAGCAUCCUGACAACAACAACCCGGUUUCGUGGAAUAUAUUCACGUAGACCGGGAAACAACCGUUUAGCAAUAUUUCUCUGCGCUUUACCGUCCACUAACUUAACACUAUCCCCAAGCAUUAAAUUCAAGUUCAAAUAUUUUUCUUUCUAGCAUUUAUCUUUAUGCGUGUAUGUUGCGUUAUUUAAUUUUUUUUAUAUAUUUUAAAAUCUUCCAGUUGUUUUUAAUUAUAAUUGUUAUAUAUUGAUUGUUGAUUUAUUCGUUUAUAUAUUAUGAUUAUAUAUAUAUGUGACUGUAUUUUAUCAAGAUAUAAAUAAUGCAAUAGAGAGGGACACAAAACAUAAUCAUACACUGUUUUUUUCAAAAAUUUUUGAAUAAUAUUAUAAACAUCAUUUUGUUAUAGAGGCAGUUAGAGUGAUAGCAAUAUCGAUGUUUUUAUUCAUACAAUAUGAGUGUAUGAUAGAAAAAAGUGAAUAAUAAUAUUCAUUAUUGCAGAAACUGCAUUAUGAAAACUCGAUUUCUGAAGUAUAUGAAAAAGUAUAUCAAAGUAUACUUACGUAUAACUCGUUACGUUAUGACUGUGUAAGUUUAUUUAGUAACACGAUGUUUUAUAAAAAGAUAGUAAAUGCAAUUAAUAUAAUAUACAAGAAUAAAUCGAUAAUUUAAAAGAUAUCACACAUAUUGCUCAAAAGAUAUUGUAACUGCCAAAAAAAAAAAUAUUAAGUUAAUUUUGAUUAGCUGAUAUAAUACAUUUUAGUAGCAAUAGAAAAAAAAUAAUAGAAGAAAUAUUCUGAAUGCAGAAAAAUAACUUUUUUAUAUUUUAAUGUAGGAAAACAAAUUUUUAAAAAAUACAAAAUUGAAAUUGAUUAUAUAUUUACUCAUCUAACAAUAAUGCCAAAAAUUGAUUUCAACUCGUUCAGUAUCUAUAUUUCUCUUGAGAUUUUUAAAGAUAUUUUUAUGACUUUUGCUCUCAGAUAUUUAAUUAUAUAUUUUAAAUAAAUUAUAUUGGAAAUAAAAAAAGAGUUGUGAAAGAUAAAAAUUGUUAUUUAACUCGAAAGCUUAUUAAAUUUGCUGGAAAAGCUAUCGAUGUUAAUAAUAUUAAUAUAUUAUUCAUACUAUUUUUCAUUUGCUAAAUACAAAAAUACUAUAAAAAUACUAUACUUAAGGGAACAAUUGUAGAUAAAGUUCCAGCGCACAAGAAAUUGUGAAAAAAAGAAAGAAAAUAAGAAGAAAAAAAAUUAGCUGAGAUUUAUAGUACAAUAUUAUAUAACAGUGUUAUUCUAAUUUGCUUAUGUGAUUAAUUUUCGAUUUUAAUACGAGACUUAAAAAUUAAUAUUUAUCUUUUUAUUGUCUUAUCUUUUAUUUCGUAUUUAUAUAUAUUUAUAAUUUAUAUAUAGUAUUAAUUAACUUAUAAUGAUAGAAAAAAUUAAUAGAAUAUAUUCUUAUUAACCAAAAAAAAAAAAAAAAAUAGAUAACGAAGUAGAUAAAGUAUAGAAGAUAGAAAAAAUUAGAAAAUAUUUCUGCAAAUAUUCUAAAAAGAUCAUUCAUAAAAUCGCUGUUAUACAAUAUUUAGUACUAUAGUUUAUAGAUGCACUUACAAAAACAUAGCUGUGACACAAAAUGUUGGAAGAUAUUGAUAAUAUAAUUUACGAUUAUAAAGCACUUGAUAAUGUUAAAAUGUUGUUAUUAAAAUAUAGUUGCUGUUACAAUGAACAACUGAUACAUAUUAUUUGUACGAAAGAGAAAGAAAUUUUCGCCUAUUAGAUUAUUUCUAAUUAGACGAUUCGUACUCAAAUAUUGGGUCAUUGUAUUGAAUAUUUUAAACAAAAAUUUAAUCUCAGUUGCGAACAACAAUUCAAGAAAAUAAAUCAAACAUAGUUUUUAAUUUAAUGAAGUAUGAGAUAGGUUAUGAUAAAUGAAUGUUGAGAGACAGAGAGAGAGAGAGAGAGAGAGAGAGAGAGAGAGAGAGAGAGAGAGAGAGAAAGAGUAAAAUAUAA